AUGUUGGAAGCAUUCAAGAUUAAAGAGUUCAACUUGGAGCCCAUUUACGAGACUUGGGAGAACCCUCCCAGAUUCUGGGGCGAGUCGAAGCAUGACAUGCCUGUUGAUGACUUUCUGCAUCAGAUUAAAGCUGGCUGCGCCGAACGGAAAGUGCCAGAGGAGUAUUGGCACAAAGUUGCCCAACACUACAUGGGCGACAAGGCGAAGGCCAGACUCCAGGAACUCAAAAGCGUUAUGGCGAAAGUCAACGGGGGCAAAUACCGCUGGAGCUGGAAGAAGUUCACAAUUGCAAUGCGUAACAUGGGGUGGGAGAUCGAAGCCAACAUCACAGAGACUGUUCAGAUCCACUCUAAACCGUCAGGCAUGUUGUGGCUUACCAGAAGGAAAUCCUUGAAAGACAAGGAUGGGUCACACAAGGAGGUGACCACUUCCGAAAUCGUAGAACUUCCACCACCCCUGCCGUCUCCUAAGCAAGGACGGCCAAACCCGAUAAAGAUGCUUUCUGAUUCAGCUAUCGCUGCUUCGGCCGCAAUCAGGAUUCGCAAGACGCCAACCCGUGCGAACUCCAUGGCUUCUGCGAUGACCUCCACCACGGUUUCAUCUAACCAUACCGUAACAUCUAACCACGCCUUAACCUCCAACCACGCAUUAACCUCCAACCAAGCAUUGACCUCCGACAAUGCUGUGACUUCCUUAUCUACUCCAUCAGCUGACGGCACUGUCACCGCUAUCUCGAAUGCACCAACAUGGCUCCUCAACGCAUGCAACGCCCUCAAUUUCUUGAGUGCAGAGCACCCACGAGCCAUGACAACAUUGAGUGCCGUCCUCAUCACCGCAGGGACCCUCCCUGCGAUCCCUGCGAUCAGCGGAGGGACUGUCCUCGCUUCUGGCGUCGCUCAAGCGGUCGGCGCCAUAGCUGUGGGCGUUGGAAAUUUACUCAAGGCUCAGCAAGAAGGUCAAGUACAAGCAAGUGGCCCGGGUCCGCACCCACAACCCCCAGCACGAUCAUCUACCUUCUGA